AGGCUGGGGAGACGCUGGAAGGCGAGGGGAACGGCGGCGCGCGGGCGGUUGGGCCAGCUCAGGCUUUCUGUGGACAAGGCUGUGCUUGGCGUCUUCGGAUGCUGCGGGUUGAAGGUAGUCAUGGCCGGGACCCCCGCACCGAACAGCCACAGGAAACAGAGUGGCGGCCUGGAGCCUUUCCCCGGUCUGUCUCGAUCCAUUGAGAACCCUCCGAGCAAGCGGGCCCGGAGCUUCUCUGAGACCACAGUCCCGGACCCCGAAGACCCAUUCGGUGAGCACGCGGAAUUUACUGCGGACGACCUAGAGGAACUCGACAUCCUCGCGUCACAGGCCCUGAGCCAGUGUCCCGUCGCGCCUCGGAACCUGUCCAGUGCUCAUAAGGUCCGCCGAUUAGAUGGGUUACCAAAUAGUCCUAUAAGGAAAAGCAGAGAAGAUAUUCCAGUUAAAGAUAAUUUUGAAUUAGAAGUACUUCAGAUACAAUACAAAGAACUUAAAGAAAAGCUGAAAGCAAUGGAAGAAGAAAUCCUAAUUAAGAAUGGAGAAAUUAAAAUUUUGCGUGACUCUCUGCGUCAGACAGAAUCCGUUCUAGAAGAACAGAAAAGAUCACAUUUCCUUCUUGAGCAAGAAAAGACUCAAGCACUCAGUGAAAAGGAAAAGGAAUUCUCCAGAAAGCUCCAAUCACUGCAGUCUGAACUGCAGUUUAAAGACGCAGAAAUGAAUGAGUUAAGGACAAAGUCUCAGAGCAACGGACGAACAAAUAAGCCAGCCGCUCCCUCCGUCUCCCACGUCAGUCCUAGGAAAGGCUCUUCUGUGGUUCUCAAGUCAGAAGCAUGUUCUCCACAUGUUGGAAAAACAACUUUCCCUACAAAAGAAUCUUUUAGUGCUAACACGCCUCUCUUCCACCCCUGUCAGACUGAGGCAGGACACAGAUUUCUGGUGGGCCAAGAGGUUUCAGAUAAUAAAAACCACAGUCUGGGAGGUAGCCUCAUGAAGCAAGAUGUGCAGCAGAGAAUUCUGGCUGAUGGCUGGAUGCAGAGAAAAGAUGCUCAAGGUUCUAUUUUGAUAAACUUGCUCCUGAAGCAACCUUUGGUGCCAGGGUCAUCUCUAGGUCUUUGUCACCUUCUGAGCAGUUGUCCUGAGGUUCCUACUGGCACCCUCUUGCAGCCACCAGGGCUCAGUACUUUGCCUGGGACUUCAGGCCUCAGGACCAUCAGUUCUUCUGAUGGGCCAUUUUCCCCCUCUGCCCUGAGAGAAGCACAGAACUUGGCAUUCACUGGAUUAAAUCUGGUUGCCAGGACUGAGAGCUCACAUGAUGGAGACAUGGCAGGCAGAAGAGUCUUCCCGCUCCACCAGCUUCCUGGAGCUGUGCAUCUCCUUCCUCUUGUGCAGUUUUUCGUCGGCUUACACUGCCAGGCUCUGCAAGAUUUAGCCCCAGCUAAGAAGAGUGGGGUGCCUGGGGACUCUGCGACACAUACCUCCUGCAUGAGCUCUGGGGUCGAGGCUAGCCCAGAGGACUCCAUUCAUGGCUUGGAGAGCUUUUCUGUGGCAUCACUCAGCGUCCUUCAGAACCUGGUGUGCCACAGUGGGGCAGUUGUCUGCCUGUUACUGUCAGGCAUGGGGACAGAAGCUGCCGCCAGGGAAGGAAACUUGGUCCAGACUUGUGCAGAUACAACCUCAGCCUCCAGGGAGGAUGCUCAUGACCAAGACCAGCACCCACUGCUAAAGAUGCUUCUUCAGCUGAUGGCUUCCUCCUCUGCAGCAUCAGGUCAUUUUCAAGCCAGUGUCCUGGGCCUGUGCCUCAAAGUUUUGGUGAAAUUAGCAGAAAACGCUUCCUCUGAUUUGUUGCCCAGGUUCUCCUGUGUGUUCCCGGUGUUGCCACAGUGCCUCGGCUCAGCGCUGCCGCUGCCCUGUGUGCUCCUGGCUGUUGAGCUGCUCUCUGUGCUGCUGGACCAUGACAGCCUAGCAUGGCAGCUAUGCUCCCACCCAGAAGGCUGCCUUCUCCUGAGGCUGUACAUGUACAUCACAUCAAGGCCUGACAGAACGGCCUCAGAGACACAGUGGCUUCAGCUGGAACAAGAGGUAGUAUGGCUCUUGGCCAAGCUGAGUGUACAGAGCCCUGCCCCCGCUGGCAUUGGUUCUGACUGUCACUGCAAUGUAGAGGCAGUCAGAGCGCUCACUGUGAUGUUGCACAGGCAAUGGCUGACGGUGCGGCGGGCAGGAGGUCCAAGGACCCACCAGCAGAAGCAGACGAUACGCUGUCUGCGGGACACUGUGCUGCUGCUGCAUAGCCUAUCUCAGAAGGACAAGCUCUUCACUGUGCACUGUGUCGAGGUCCUGCAUCAGUACGACCAGGUGAUGCCAGGGGUCAGCAUGCUGAUUCGAGCCCUUCCUGAUGUGACUGACUGUGAAGAGGCUGCCCUGGAUGACCUCUGUGCUGCGGAGACUGAUUUGGAAGACUCUGAGAUGGACUGUAACUGAGGGCCUGAGCAUCCAGCCACAAGGUGGCGCCAGCUCCCACCGCCGUCUUUGCCAUAUCCACUGAUUAAAACUGCACUUCCUGCUGAGAACACAA